AUUCCCCAUCCCCUUUCACCACACCAAUAAAUUCCAUUUUCUGGCUUCUCAGUUUUCUUUUCUCAUACAUUUCCAAGUCUCUGAGCCUCUCUUUCAGUCUUUUGAAGCCAACCCAUCUUUCUAGAACCAGAAAAAUCAUUCGGGUUUCUGUGAUUUUUGGGCUGUGUGUGAAAAAUCUCAGUGCCAGGACCUGCAGCAGCAGAAAGAUUUAAACAAGCUCACCACUUGGCUUAAACCCAUUAAAGAACAAGACCCAUCUUUUUCUCUUCCUCACAGAACUUUGCAUAUAUAAAUUUUGGGCUCGUCUGUUUUGCUAUAUUAUACAAAAAGGCUCGUGCUUUUGGUCAGUUUCAUGGCUAAAAUGGGUGAUAACCAGCUUACCCACCACCAAGUUUUUGAUGUCUCUGUCGAUGUGCCUCCAGAGGGAGGCUCCAAGUGCUUUGAUGACGACGGCCGUCUCAAACGAACUGGAACCGUUUGGACUGCAAGUGCUCACAUAAUUACUGCGGUAAUUGGGUCUGGAGUUUUGUCCUUGGCUUGGGCCACAGCUCAGCUUGGAUGGGUUGCUGGUCCUUCUGUGAUGCUUCUGUUCUCUUUUGUCACUUACUACACUUCAACUCUUCUCGCUGCCUGCUAUCGUACUGGUGACCCUGUCACGGGAAAGAGAAACUAUACUUACACAGAUGCCGUCCGAUCCAAUCUUGGUGGGUUCAAGGAGAAAAUUUGUGGGUUUGUUCAGUACUUGAAUCUCUUUGGAGUUGCCAUUGGCUACACUAUAGCAUCAUCUAUAAGCAUGGUGGCAAUAAAGAGGUCUAACUGCUUCUACAAAAAUGGUGACACAGCACCAUGCCAUGUAAACAGCAACCCUUAUAUGAUCGCUUUCGGCAUAGCAGAAAUCAUCUUCUCUCAAAUUCCAAACUUCGAUCAGCUAUGGUGGCUCUCCAUUGUUGCUGCAGUCAUGUCCUUCACUUACUCUUCAAUUGGACUUGGCCUUGGAAUUGCCAAAGUUGUUGAAACUGGAACUAUCAGGGGAAGCAUGACUGGGAUAAGCAUUGGAAAUGUGACAGAAACUCAAAAGAUUUGGAGGAGCUUCCAAGCACUUGGGGACAUAGCUUUUGCAUACUCUUACUCUCUCAUCCUCAUUGAAAUUCAGGACACAGUUAAAUCCCCACCAUCUGAAGCUAAGACAAUGAAGAAGGCAACUAUAGUGAGUGUAGCUACCACAACCCUUUUCUACAUGCUCUGUGGCUGCAUGGGCUAUGCUGCUUUUGGAGACUCAUCUCCCGGAAACCUCCUCACUGGUUUCGGUUUCUUCAACCCCUAUUGGCUCAUUGACAUUGCCAAUGCAGCCAUUGUCAUCCACCUUGUUGGCGCUUACCAAGUCUUUGUCCAGCCCCUCUAUGCAUUUGUUGAGAAAACAGCAGCAGAAAAGUACCCACAUAGCCAUUUCAUCACAAAAGACAUUAAAUUCAGAAUCCCCGGCUUUGGUCUCUUCAAUCUCAACCUCUUCAGAUUGGUGUGGAGGACAUGUUUUGUGAUUUUAACCACUGUGAUUUCCAUGAUCUUGCCAUUCUUCAAUGAUGUGGUUGGGCUUCUUGGGGCUCUGGGAUUUUGGCCACUCACAGUUUACUUCCCUGUGGAGAUGUAUAUUGCAACAAAGAGGAUCCCAAAGUGGAGCACAAGAUGGAUUUGCCUCCAGAUCCUAAGUGGUGCUUGCCUUAUAGUCACCAUAGCAGCUGCUGCUGGUUCAAUUGCUGGUGUGAUUAGUGAUCUCAAGAUCUACAAGCCAUUCAAGACCAGCUACUGAUUUAGCAAAUAAAUGUAACACUAGAUGUUGUCAUAAUCACUUAGUUUCCUAAUUUUCAACAAGGAAAAGAGAAUUGGUCAGUUUUGAAUUCAAUUCUUGUUUAUGUUCAUAACAAGCUUAAACGGGUAUGAUUAAUGUUAUAUAUGCACCACAAUUAUCACUUGUCAAA